AUGUCUGUCCCGUAUCAACCCAGGCAGCGCAAGGCGCCGUCCAAGCCCCUCCCUCCUCCCCCUAUCGACACCGAAAAUGUCGAGGCGCAUCUCCACCCCCACGUCUCGUCCAUUCCCACUGCUAUACCCGACACCCUCACCCCUCUGCGCGCACACUACCUCAAGAAGAGCCUGGUGAACAUCCAAGUCGCGCAUGAGCUCAAGCUCAUUACCGACCCAGUCCUAGGCGCGAAUGCCUUGGGUCUGCUCGGCGAUCCGUUCGUCCUCCCGGAUGCGGCGCGCAAGGAGGCUCUCGCGCGAGUCGCAGAGUCUGGAGGAGGUGUAGGGAGUGACCUCCCCUUCAUCCGAUUCCUCUUCCACCAAUUCGUCCUCCCCUUCCCGUUCCUUGCGUCCGCUCCACCCACAUUCUGGUCCGCCAAGGUCCAGCCCUUCGUUUCGUCGUUCUUAUCAACGACCGGUGUUGCCGCCCAUGCGACGAUGAUGAGUGCGGAGGAGAGGCAUGAGCAGGAAGAGCGAGACAAGCUGUGGACCAAGAUGGAGAAGCACUCGGCGUUGAUGGUCGGCGUGGGAGUCAAGGUGGUAGGCGGGGAAGAGGUCGUACGGAUAGGUCAGCAGGACCUGCGCCGUCUGGAAGAGCAGCAAGAGAUUAGGCGGAAGCGAUGGAUGGAGCAGAGGCAAAAGGAGCUGGAUAUGGGCGGCGGGAUCUCAUUUGACGUGAAUGUCGUCGGUGUGCGAACGGUCAUCGAGAAGGGGCGAGUCAGGAGCAAGAGCCACGAUGAAUUCCUAGUCCGGACUCGGAGAACAGGCGCAAACGAUGUCCACGUCGCCAGGCGUUACGGCGACUUUAAGCGCUUGGCCGAUGAACUUCGACUCGCGUUCCCCGACUACCCCCUUCCCUCGCCCCCUGUCAAAGAUAAGUCGAUCCAAGCGGCCGCGGUCCAGCCGGCGCAAUACUCCUACUACAACCCAUUGAGAAUGUACUACGGCUCCAACCCCUCCACCCCAUCCACGUCUUCCACAUUCGAGGCUGAGGCUCCACCAGCCACACCCCUCAGCCGGGAGAAGAACCGCCUCACCCUUCGUGCAUACCUCCAGAACCUCCUCUCCUUCCCAUUCGUCAUCAACUCGCCUAUCGUCCGGUCUUUCCUCCUCUCCUCGCCUACUAGCCUCACUUCAGCGGAAGUAGCGGACAAUCAGCGCCGCCUCGACGCCGAUGCGGUCAGAGAAGAAGGGCGUAAGCGAUUCAGGGAGGAGGCGGAGAAACGGAUCGAGGCGCUAAGGGAGGGACUGAAUCAGUUCAAGGGGGAUGUACUGAGUACCGAGGGAGGAUUGAAGAAGGUGUUUGAGGUGGUCAGGCGAGUAGAGCGGGUGGAGGAUCUGCCACGAGCAGAAGCGAGCGUGGUGGAAUGGGGACGGAUCUCACUCGCUGCGACCAUCUUCCAGCUCUUUGUCGCGAGCGACACGGCCAGUGAUCAGAUAUACGCCCUCAAGCGGAUCCACGGGCUCAUGCCUUACUUUGUCCUCAAGGGGAUAUUGAAAAUUAGUAAUCCCAUGGCGAUGAUCCGAGGUGUACUGGAUCUCUUCCUCGCUAGGCCGUUCGGCGGACAGUCACUCCUACAAAGAAUGUUCUCGGCGAACCUUACAGACGACGUCCGAGCCAUCUCCGAGGACAUUGUCGCUGUCUCUGACAAGAUUGACGAUCCUGUGCUCUGCCAAAAGAUCGAGCAGUACGCGAUGGCCCCAUUCGAGAUACAGGAGAUGUACCGGAAAGAUGCAGCAACGGAAAAGCUCGACCUGCUCGUGGUGAUCUUGCGCGCACCUGAUCCGCCCACACUCUCCAAGCCGCAAUUUCAGCGUGUCUUCAAGGCCGCUCGGUCUUAUCGCGCAUACAAGCGAGCACAGGAGGAUCUGGAAGAUUCAGACGACGAUCUUGGACCGGAGGAUGAGGAUGCGUGGUUGUUUGAAGAUCUCAAUACGCUCUUGAGGCUCUGGGGGCGUAAACGGGAAAAGGAGCAGCUCUUGGCUCUGAUCUUUGAAGGCGUUACAGCGGAACUUCUCAAGGAUAUCAUCACCAUCUUCUACUCGCCUCUCGCGCAGGUGUACAAGGCGGCCAGUAUCGCCGAUUCCCUAGGCGACCUGCAGAAUUUCCUCAAUGACAUGAUCCGGACGGUUGAGCAGGUGGAAGAAUUAUCGCAAGAAAACCCCGGUCGGACCGUUCAAACCUUCAUCGACCUGGUCCAACGGCACGAGCAAGCCUUCUACACCUUUGUCCACAACGUCCACUCGAAAGGCCAAGGCCUCUUUGACAGCCUCAUGGGCUGGAUUGAGCUCUUCCUCAACUAUGCUCGCGUCGGACUCGCCCAGCCCCUGGAUCUCGAGUUCCUCCUUCCCGCCCCCGGACCCGAUCGGCAGCGGAUCAUGGCCGAAGUGGACGCUGUGGCGCAGUACCACUACCGCCUCAAGGUGGCGCACGAGGAGAAGAUCCGGCGGCGGUUCCGCCAAGAAGCGGCCGGGGAGGAAGAGGCCGCGUUGCUCGAUUCGGUCAUGGCGAGUUUGAGCCUGGAUGAGACUGCGCUGGGCGACGCAGUCGAGGCGGAUGAAGAGGAGGGGGAUGAUGACCUGGAUGAGGAGGAUUAUUUGGAGGAUCUGGAAGCGUCGCCAUUCCUCGUCAAGCCGGAUGAUAAGGAGAAGGAGAGGACAGGGAGUAGCUCGGGAGGGAAGAGCGGGAUCUUUGGUCGCAAGCAUCACGGGGAGCAACAGCCGGCGGCACAGGCGCCGAUGCAGGCCCAGCCGCAACAUCCGCAUCACCCGCCCAGACCGCCAAAGCAGAAGCGGAGACAUGAUAAGAGGGUCCACGAGUUGAUGGAGCAUCCGAAGAUUGAGGCGAUCGAGGAGCUUAGGCCGGUGUUUGUGGAGAUGUUACGACCAAUGCUGAAAGUCCGACCGAUACAGUAG